AUGGAGCCUGUUCUACAACCCUGGGAUGAUUCUCAAACAAUUGCAAAGUCAAAAAUCACAAGCAGAGCCUCAAUUCGAAUUUUCGAGAAAUAUCCACUGAAAGAAGAAAAUGUUUCAACUCUGUUCAGCACUGAAGAAAUGGCUGGAGGAGAGCCAGAAGAGCUGUACAAACUGGUAGUUUAUUUAAUAAAAUUUGAAAAUCAAUCCUUUUUUAUUCAGUGCCGACAACUUCUGAACGUAUGGAAAUAUGCCAUAUUCUUUCAACCGAAGCCUGAGAAUUUUGCGAAUCUUCUACAAGAGUCAAAUUAUCCGGCACCUGUAAUCAAAGGGAUUCUGGAAGCAUACUCCUCCGAAACUUUCACAGAACUCGUAGAAUCGCUUGCCUCAUGCUCAAACUCGAACAUCCCACGUGUCAUUUCUACCGAUUGGACUUGUCGUGCUGUUGCUCGACAGAAUAACAUAGCGUUUUCGGAUCGAGAGGCAACUCUGACACUAUCCACCGAUAAAGGAGUGAAACAAGUAAAUUUGUCUGCGAAGGAGCUCGAGAAAUUGUACUGGACAGUCAGCAAAGUGCAAGAAUCGCUAGAUGGACUGUUGGAAAGAUGA